ACAACCAUUGCCGACCGCUUGAACGUUUAAACAAAAGCCAGCUCAUCAUCUGUCCUCCUCUCUUUGCCAUCAGUUUUAUAUAGCAUCGUUAUCACAGUUUUACUUUUCUCGCCAUCUAUAUAUACACCCUUCUUUCUUUUCUUAGCUCCUCAUUCUCUUUCUCUUGCAUUGCGUUCAUUUUUUAUUGUUUCAAGAAACAGGGAGAGAAAGAGAUAAGGUACCAGCUUUUGUAUUGAAAAACCAGACAACAGCAAAAGAAAUGGGUCGUCGUGGAGUUAGCGCUGGUGGCGGACAGAGUUCAUUGGGCUACCUAUUUGGUAAUGGGGAGACUGCUAACAAUGCAUCGGCUGCUAAAACAGAGGGACAAACUGCAAACAAUAGCCCUUCUCAGAAACCUGCCAUCGCUUCACCCACAAUAGAUAAGCAAACACCAGCAGGCGUCCAUGGAAAUCUUACAAAUAAUUACUAUCGGGCAGAUGGCCAGAACUGUGGUAACUUUAUUACGGAUCGGCCAUCCACCAAAGUUCAUGCUGCCCCUGGUGGUGGAUCUUCUCUUGGUUACCUCUUUGGCGGGAAUGGGAACUAAUUUAUUUAAUAAUUUCUCGCAUGGAUGUAUUAUUUGUCUAUUGUUAACACAUGUUCUAGGAUCUAUUUUGGAAAUUCUGGACCAGUCCUCGUUAUUGUUAUUCUUUUUUUUUUUUAAGAAUGAUCCUUGUACUUAAGUGGAGCGAGCAGGUGUUGCUUGGGACAUGAUCAAUCCUGUUGCUGGUACAUUAUUAAUUUACGGAUGUCAUUGACAAAGCUAAUGUGCAUAAUAAUGCAUAUAAUACAUUCUUGAUUGAA